AUGAAACGAAGAAGAUCAGAUUUAGAAAAAACUGAUAAAGUAAUUGAAAAUUUGAAAAAGCAACUUACAGACAUCAAAAUAUUUAAAGAAAAAUUCCAAGAUUUAUUAUUAGACUAUGAAUCCUUAAAGUGAAACUCUUCCAGGCUAGAAGAAUUUAGUUAUAAAAUACUUAUUGUAGAAGAAGAGUUAGAAAAGCUAAAUAAUUACAAAAAACUCGACAAUGAAAUAAUAUUUUUAUGUGAAAUAAAUAAUGAAAUCAAUACACUAUGUAAUAAGAUCACUGCAAAAAUUGGCGCAAUUACACAAAAAAUUUGCGAUUUUAAAAAUAAUUUUAUUUUUGACUCCAAGUAUGUAUAG